UUUUUGGAAAGACGUUUAAUCCUCCCCGUGUCAACCAGAGCGAUUUCCAGAGACGCUGCGGUGAAUGAAUCCGUGCGUAAAGCCGAGGACCAGCGCGCCAAACUCUGACUCUGAACUCACAAACGUCCCAGGCUGCAGUUUGGCGGCGCUUUGCUCCACCACACCUGUUUCAUGCUGAGGAUGAACAGUCAGAUGAGCUGCGAGCCGCUGUUCAGGUGGGUUUAACCCUCCGCCGGAUGAGAUGUGACCAUGUCCUUUACGCACCGACUCGUUCUGCUUCUGCUCGGCUUCAGCUUCAUCCCCACGGUUGAUGGAAAGUUUCCUAACUGCCAGUUCCACUGGGAGAUUCAGAGAGCCGAGAGAGAGUGUCGGACACAGCUGCAGCAGCAGACGCCCACCAGCACAGGAUGUCGUGGCGAGUGGGGCUACCUGUCCUGCUGGCAGAACGUGCCGGUCGGCGAGGUGAUGACCCUCCCCUGCCCCUCCCCCCUCCUGCAUCUUUUUGGAAAAAAUGGUAACCUCAGCAGGAACUGUACAGAGAAAGGCUGGUCGGACGUCUACCCCAUCAUCACCAUCGCCUGCGGGUCAAACAGCACUGACGUCCCCAGUGAGCUGGUGUUCUACAGAAUGGUCAGGAUCCUGUCCACUGUGGGCCACAGCCUGUCACUCAUCACUCUGUUCACCAGCACCAUCAUCAUCUGUUUAUUCAGGAGGCUCCACUGCAUGAGGAACUACAUCCAUCUGAACUUGUUUGUGUCGUUCAUACUGCGAGCCGUGGCCGUGCUGACCAAAGACACUCUGCUGUUCUCAGACGACGAAAACACAGACUGCAGCACGCAGCCCUCACUGGUGGGCUGUAAAAUCAGCCUGGUGUUCUUCAACUACUUCGUCAUGGCAAACUUCUUCUGGCUGCUGGUGGAGGGCCUGUACCUGCACACGCUGCUGGUCGUCAUCCACGCCUGCUCCACCCCCCUCUACAUCUACAUGCUCAUCGGCUGGGGAAUCCCUUUUGUUUUCAUGGUGUUGUGGGUCAUAUGUCGGAUACACCUGGAGGACACAAGGUGUUGGGAGAUGAAUGAAAAUCCCAUCCCCAACAGACUGAUCAACUGGCCCAUAAUGGUGUCUGUCAUUAUAAACUUCCUUCUGUUUAUCAGCAUCAUUCGUAUUCUGGUGCAGAAACUGCGCUGCACAGACGUCGGAGGAAACGAGCAAUCGCAGUACAGACGCCUGGCUAAGUCCACCCUCCUGCUGAUCCCUCUGUUUGGUGUGAACUACGUGGUGUUCGUCUACCUGAUGGAGCUGCCUGAUAAAAACAUGAAUCGCGUCAAAAUCUUCUUUGAUCUCGGCCUCGGAUCCUUCCAGGGUCUCAUUGUGGCCGUCUUAUACUGCUUCCUCAACAGUGAGGUUCAGAGCGAGCUGAGGAGGACGUGGAGGAGUUUAUCGCUCAAGCGUUACGUGGGGCGAGACUGCAGGCUCCACGCCAUGUCAGUCAGCCGGAACGGCACCGAAAACUCCGCCCAGUUUCCCAGGAACUCCCGAGCCCAGUCCAUCCUGCAGACUGAGACCACCGUGCUUUGACCAGGGGACAGCGACAGACUCAGGAAGUCUUACUCUAGGAUGCCUUUAUAGACUGAUUGUUUUCUGCUGCAGGGACUGACCCUGUGACUUGCAAAGUUUUCUGAGGUGAAAGCCUUAUUACCAGAGGGAAUUUGCCUCUUGCCUCUUUUCUAAUGUCACUGCUGAGUCUGUCUUCACAGUGCUCCUCAACAUUUUUCAGCUCGCAGCCAUCCACACCUGCUGGAAUCCUGCAGAACAGAAACAUAGAAUUUUUAUUCUCUCAGACAAUUUUAUAUGAUUAAAUAUUAGAACAAACGUACAGGCUGAGAAUGAAGGAUUAACAAAAAAAAACAAAAACAACAUUCCUACUUAUUCUCAGUCAUUAUUAAAUGUAUUUGAGACAUUUUGGAAUGAGAGUCAACAAAAGUGCAUUUACCACAAAGAUUUAAAACAAGCCUUAAAGAAUUUAUGUAUUAGAAAAAUGUUAUUUAAUCCCAUUUAUAACCGAAAUAUGACAAGACGUGGUGGUGGACAAUCAUUUUGACAAUCGUAAAUUUACUUUUAUUUUUAAUUAUAUAGGGCCCAAGGAAGCAGGCCAGGCAGACCAGGUGUUGUUAGACUUACCUUAAAUCUAAACUACAGACUGAGGAAUAAACAUUUUCCUCCCAGUGGUUAUUUUAAGAAAAACAUGCGGCCACUGUGGUUGGUUCCAAUCCUUUUUGUCUUGUGAGCCUUUAAACUUAAGGAGUCUACUUGCUUUUUUAUUUUAUUCUUACCCUUGUUGCAAUACAUUUGAAUAAUUUACACAAAGAAAAGAUUUUAAGAAACCUGGAAAAACAAGUGUAGCAGAAAUAUGCUUUUUAUCUUUCCUCUCCUGACAAUCAUCUCACGGCCCCUCAGAUUUAUCACGCGACCCCAUGUUGGGGUCACGACCUCCGUGUACGUGACUGCUGUCUAAGUGAGAUGAUAAAGAGCAAUUUCAUGUGGGAGUUAAGGAAACUUACAGAUUACUGUAGCUCAUAUGAAUCUUCAUUGUGCAUUUGAGUGUAUGUUGUAUUUAGUAUAUUGUAAUUGGUGCCAAAUUCAGGGUUCAGCUAAUAUGUAUCUCUGAAGUGCAAAAUAUUGCAGGAAGAAUAUCAGAGAGCAGACACAUCAGUCUAACCCUCAUCAGAAUGUACAUUUAUCCAAAAUGACUUUGGCACUUACAGCUAUAAAAACAUACAUCACCUUGUACAGGAAAUUAUUCUUUUGUAUUUCAUGUCAUUUGUGUUUUUUACAUAACUGAGUGUAAAAAUGUUGGUGACUGUUUGAACCUUCAUGAGGUGGAAGGAGACUGAGCAUCGAUGCCAUUUGUAAGCUUCUGAACGCAACUGUAAACCUGUGACUCCAUUUAUUUUAUGUAUAAAAGCUUUUAUUGUGAAAAGUGA